AUGUCUCCGCAAACUUCAAAUCAAAAUCGAAAUGAGCUCAUGUUCCACGCUACAUUUCUUGAUGGUAUUCGUGGUGUGGCAGCUUUAGGUGUCGUUUAUACUCACACCCAGAAUAUCGGUAAACAACGUUUGGCUUUUAAGACAUUCGACAAAUUUGGAACUUAUGGAGUAAUCAUAUUCUUUGUACUUUCCGCUUUUUUACUUACUCUUCGGACGCUAUUGGAUUGGGAACAGUAUCGCGAAAAGAGGGAAGAGGAAAAAAAUACCAAUUCAGAUCAUUUAGAAAGUGGUGUUGACCGCGAGCAAAACUUAUUGAACGUCCCGCUCUUAUCGCUGACAGAUUCUGAUUACAUAUUUGCUCGUUUUGGUGCUUUCCUUACAAACCGUUACCAGAAACCUGCAAUUGGUGCUUGGAUAUGUCGAGUAAUUGCUAAUGUUAUUCUUAUGACUAUACGAACAAAAUUUUUAAUAGCACACAGUGAAGAAUACAGUAAAAACGAAACCGGUUUUCACAAAACUGGUUUUUUGGGCACUAUUCAUAUCUUUUUGACUGGAUCAAUAUGUGCAAUUUGGUAUAGAGAAAUAAUUCGUCUUGGAAUGUUGCCAUUGAGCUUAGAAGAAGAAGAUAUUCUUGCCAAUGAAUCAAAUAAUUGUAAUAUACCUACAAGACUGAGUUUUGUUAAAAUAAUUAUUAGUAAAUUACCGAGUCGACAUCAGUUUGCAAGAUGUUUUUUUGACUUUGGAUGUUAUUUAUUAGUUCUCUUGAAGUUUUGUACAUUGCCUCAUCCAGCUCAAAAAAUUUUUGGCUUACCUCGCACUACUCAUGAAAUAAUUAUAGAAAGACAAAAACUUGGUGGUUUGCUCGACGCAAUACUAAUUCUUUUUGGCCUUCUCUCCCGCAAAGGCUCUUUUGUAAAGGCACUUUCUU